AUGGACAGACCAGUUACAAACCCGAAAAAAGAUAGUACAACCGAAAACAGUUCUACUCAGUAUGCUAUUGUAAGUCGAGAGCCAAAACGAGAAAGCCUGGUGUCCAAAAGCAGCAGAAGAAAAUUAACUCCUUCUAAAACUCUUAUGUUAGACGUUCUGAGGUCAAGAGGAUUGUACCUUAGAAACAUCAAUGGGUUGCAAAAUAAUAUCCCAAAAUAUAUUACAACUUUUGAUGAAAAGUAUAUUCGUCGUUGUCUGGAAUCCAUACACAACUGUGCAUUUAAAAGAUCCGCAGAAGGGAACCUUACCUCAAGGGUGGAUAUUUCACCCAAUAAUAUGGGUUCGAAUAAUAUGGCUCGAGUUGAUAUUAAGUAUCCGUUGCUCGGUAAAACUGAGGUAGUUAUGAGCUCGUUCUGUGACUGGACUGCUGCUACUUUAUUCGGUAGCCAGGCCAUGAUAAACAUUUUGAGGAGCACAUUACUUCAAAAAUCAGGUUUCUUGGAUUUUGAAUCAAGUAUCAGAAAGUCAUAUUUACUUUACAUGGAUCAACGGAUAGACUCUGAUUUUACAGACUCCAAGCAAGAGCUGUACAGUAACUCAUUUAUACAAAAGGAGUUAAAACAAGUUCUUGAUCGUAAAUAUUUAUCCGAACCUGUGCAUAAAAGAGAUGCUUCUACAUCAAGUACCUCGAGUUUUUCUGAUCAGUCAUCAUCUUCUAGUUAUGGCGAAUCAUUUCAGGGUAUGCUGCAAAGCACAUGGAAAGAUGGGGUAAUACGCCAUGUUUUUUCCGUGGAUGAUAAAAAAGAGGUGUACAUGGCAAAAUUGUCAAUGCUCGAGUCUUUGGGUGGUAAGAAGGGUCUGGAUUGCAUUUACACUUUCUACUCGGCCAGCAAUGGCAAGAAAGAAUGUAAUACACAUGAGCAUGAGUCUGAAAGUAUUGCCAAGAUGUUUGUGUCUACUUCAAUCAAUUCGAAUUCUAACAACUUCGAAAUCAGAGAAAUUCAGUUUAUUUUAUCAGUUUCAAGUGAUAAUCUGACAGGGGAGAUGCAAAAGUCGAAUUAUUCCCUCAAAAAGAAUAAGAAACUGACCGAAAAAGUUGUGGAUGUUUUCAAGUUUGCUCACUCUCACAAGCUGAGAUCGAAUUCCAAAAUAGGCAUAUCAAGUAGUACUCUUGAAGAGGCUCAUUUGGGUCCAUAUGAAUACAUGCAUGACAAUCAUCAUAGUUUAUCACCAAAUCUUGAGCUUGCUGCCAUUGUAGUGAAAGAGGUUUGCAAAAUUUCGAACGAGGCUGGACUUGGAGGAUGGGGAAUGAAGUUUCUCAAAAAAAUACCAUCUCUGGAGAACUUGUCGAGUUCAGUUUCCACUCGAGAUAAUGAGAAGUGCUCAACUAGCAUAAAUGUUGUUAUUCCUGUGGGAUUUCAUGGUGGACCAAGAACAGGAGGCAGUGGCCCAUCGGGCCUUGUUGAGAGGUGGAUGUCCGGUGGGCGGUGUGACUGUGGGGGAUGGGAUGUUGGUUGCCCAAUAACAGUUCUCCGAUCCAUGUCAAAUGGCACAGAUUUUUCAUUCCAAGUGGAUGAUUGUGGGGAAUGCAAAUCAGUUGAUCUUUUUAUGCAGGGUUCGAAACAAAAUGCACCGAUCAUGAAGCUGGUGAAUUUUCUUGAUGGCUUGUAUUAUGUCCAUUUCCAACCAACUCUGUCGAGCUUACAGUCCUUUGCCAUUGCAACUGCAAUUAUACAUUCGCGUAGUCCUGCUUUCCGAUCCCAAGUGUACAAGAAAUGA